CGAUCGGUGUCUCUGAACUGAUGCAAAUAAACCAACACAAGGAGAAGAUAAUCCUCGUCACUGUAGUGUGUACUUCCGGUUGAGCCUCGUCCCUUGCUGCGGGUGUACACACAGCUUGAAAACAUGGGAAAUUUAUUUGGUAGAAGGCAUCAGAAAAAGCCGGAUUUGCGAGUGACACAACAAGAUAAAGCUAUUCUACAACUCAAACAACAGCGAGAUAAAUUGAAACAAUAUCAAAAGAAGAUUGGGGUUCAACUGGAAAAGGACAGGCAAGUUGCAGUGAACCUCCUGAGAGAAGGAAAGAAAGAUAAGGCAAAACUUAUGCUUCGAAAGAAGAAGUUUCAGGAGUCUUUGCUUGCUAAAACUUACGGGCAGAUUGACAAUCUGGAGCAGCUUGUUCAUGAUCUGGAGUUUGCUCAGAUCGAACAAGAGGUGGUGAAGGGUCUAGAGGUGGGCAACAGUGCAUUGAAGAAACUGCAUGAAAUUCUUUCUUUGGAAGAUGUUGAGAGGAUUAUGGAUGAGGCAAGGGAGGGAAUAGAAGUUCAGCAAGAGAUUGAUGCACUCUUGGCAGGCGGUCUUUCUCAAGAUGAAGAAGAUGAUGUUGCAGCAGAGCUUGAAGAAAUUCUUGCACAGAGUGACACUACAAAAGAUCUCAAACUGCCAGAUGUUCCAACCAAUGAUCUGGAAGAAGUUAGAAAGACAGAAAAGAAGAGAGGAACAGAAACACAGAAAGUGGCUGUAGCAGAGUCCUGACACACUUGAAGUCUUCUAAUGUCAGCCCUUAAUGUUCUCGUGAAACUGCUUUUGUGAUAACUAAACAAUUGUUUAAUAUGUAAGUGUUACCUGAUGCCCAUCAGUUUUGCUAUUAUGAAGCAUGAUGAUUUGUAUUUGUUAUAGAUCUUGUCUAUGAUAUUUUGAUAAUUUAUUCAUUUUACUUUCCUAUUGAAAUGCUACAUUUUGCCAUUAGUUUAUGAGUGAAAAGUGACCUUUGACGAAAGUCUUUCCUUUUCAAGGAAACUAUUUAAUAGUGGUUUAGCUUAAUGAAACCACCAAACAUCAUUUAAGUUACUGAUUUGCUUUUCAUGAAUACUAGUAAGAUCUUGCAUAUAAAGCUAUCCAUUUAUUAUAUUAAUUGUAAAAUCUCUGUAGGUAGACAUGAGUGUAUAUUUACUAAAAAAUAUUUCAAAUUCCCUGUGAAUUUACAAAUAAUACUUUAAAUAUACAUUUACAAAAACAUAAAAUAAAAUUUUGCUAUUAACCCAAAAUUACAAUCAGUUUGGGCUGUGUGAAGCUCCUAUCUUUAGGAAUAUUGUGCACAAUGAAGAAGAUUGUAGUUAAUAAUAAAUUGUUUGUGUGGUACUCAUUAAAAGCUUAGUUAGGUCGUCAAAAAUGAUAUAUGAAUGGUGAUGUGUAGAAGCAAAGAAUGUAUUUUAAGAGUGUUUUUCUUCUCUUACGGGAAGAUUAAAUAGUUCUCUCACAGUCAUCAGUGGUUUAUAAAGAUAAAAACUAUUUUGGCAAUUCUUGGGAAACUUGUUUCUUUUAUAACCCAUAACUUUAUUGUCAAAAUUGGUUUUGUUUAUUAUGUGUGUGUAAUUUGUCUGUGCUGAAGUAACUCAAAUAAUUGAUGCAAUGUAAUGAGAAGGUAAGAUUUCGGAACAACGCUUUGGUGAUAGCCAUCAAAUUGUUUCAAGAGGUUGCUUUUCAUUUCAUCACUUACAUGUGUGUAUGAGACAAGAAGAGGGGGUGUCUGUGUGGAGGUGUGUAUGUGCACAUUUAUGUAAUGGCUAAUGAAGGAAUAAACUGCAUUGAGAGAGAA